AUGGCGUCCCUUGAGGCAUUCAGACAGUACGAUUUCGAAGGAGAUGAGACCUGGAAGGCGUACCUGUCUCGCGUCGAGAUCCCUUCCGGAUCCGAGGACGCCCUGCUCAAGCUGAAGGCCAAGUACUACAAGCGCGAAAUCGCUGCCACUGCUCGCCCCGGUCCCCCUGGGCUCCCCACCCGCUCCGAGGUGUACAUCAUUGCUGGCGAGUGGGCACUCGUCCUCAUGGCCAUCCUCUCCCUCCAGCCCUUCCUGCCACGGCUCGCACACUCUGCCUUCACGCUCACGUGCCAGCUCUCGCUCCUCACCAACGGCCUCAAGCUGUGCCUUCAGCACGGGACUCCCAGCCUGUCCCCCUUCCCCGCGGCCAUCAUGCCCUGGAUGACGGCAAUCUCUGGCAGCGCGGUCUUCUUCCCCACCCUGCUCUCCGUCAUCCUUUCCAGCAACCGGCACCUGGGCGUGGGGGUGCUCCCCCUGGCCAUCCACGCCCUGCUCCACGCCGACGCCGCCUCCCACCACACCUUCGGCACCAAGCGCUGGUACCAGGCCAGCUUCGGCCGCGUGCACGCGCUGGUCGAGCCCCGCCUGGAGCUCCUGCGCACCGCGGCCGCCGCGGGGGAGGUGGGGCUGGGCUUCACCACCCUCCUGUCCGUGGUGCAACUCGGCCUCCGCGGCGCUGGCACCGCCUUUGUCAUCUGGAACCAGCUCAAGCUGCGCUACCAGUCUGGCCACUCGGGGCACUACCACAAGCAGGUCUGGCUGGCGCUGAACCAGAGGGCUGCGCCCAUCCUGCAGCGGGUGCCCGUCCUGCAGCGCCUUGUGGGCUCUGCGCAGGGGUGGUUUAACCGCAGGGCAUGA